UAGUAACUGUCGAUAACGAAUCUCCUCGCACGUUGUCUUUCCUAUUUCCGGUUUCAUUACUUUCUAAUGUGCUGUCAUUUUAUCACGAAUCAUGUCGUUGAAAGUUGAAAUCAGCAAGGAAAAACCAGCUGUUGGUGCCUUGUUAACAACAGAAUAUCUCAAAUCCAAGGAGAAAGAUGUUUCAUGGCAUUUUGGGGCAAGCAAUAGUCUUGUUAUUAGCCAAGAUGUCAUUUUCACCUUGGGACCUUCAAUCUGCCGAUAUUUAUCCAGAGCCAAUUCUGAUGUUGGAUUGCAGGGCACUAGUAUUCUUGAGAAAACCGAGGUUGAUCAUUGGAUUAGUUUUGCCAGUGGUCAGUUGUCCUGUAAAUCUGAAUUUACAGAAGCUGUGCAAUAUCUGGACACUGUGCUGGCUCCAGUCACUUACCUUGUGGGACAUGGCCUGACACUGGCAGACUUUGCUGUGUGGGAAGCACUUCAUGUGAACAGUACAUGGCAAGUUAUGAUGUCACAAAACAGUGCCCCACUGAAUGUUUUCCGCUACUACAAACACCUCUCUGCCCAAGACGUGUUCCGAAAUAUCACCGGUGUUAUACCGACAGUUUCUGCCAAGAUGGACAAGAAACCUGACUCAACAAUUAAAAAAGAUGAAGGGAAGUUUGUGGAGCUGCCAGGUGCUGAAAUGGGGAAAGUUGUGGUUAGAUUCCCACCAGAAGCAAGCGGCUACCUGCACGUGGGACACGCGAAAGCAGCACUACUGAACCAGUACUACCAGCAAUGUUUCAACGGGACGCUCAUCAUGAGGUUCGAUGACACGAACCCUGCUAAGGAAAACGCUGAAUUUGAGCAGGUCAUCCUGGAAGAUAUAGCGAUGCUGGGAAUCAAGUACGAUAUCUUCUCGCACACCUCCGACCACUUCGACACACUGAUGCAGUACUGCGAGAAACUGAUCCGAGAUGGCAAGGCCUAUGCUGACGACACGGAAGCGGAAGUCAUGAAAAAGGAGAGAGAGGAAAGGAAAGAAUCGAAAAAUAGGAACAACGGUCUUGACAAGAAUCUGAAGAUGUGGAAGGCGAUGAAAGAGGGUACAGAAUUUGGUCAGAAAUGCUGUGUGCGUGCAAAGAUGGACAUGAAGUCGGACAACGGCUGUCUCCGUGACCCCACACUGUACAGGUGUAAAACCGAACCCCACCUCAGGACUGGAACCAAAUACAGGGUUUACCCCACAUAUGACUUUGCCUGUCCAAUUGUAGACAGUGUUGAGAAGGUGACCCAUGCCCUGAGAACAACCGAGUAUCAUGACAGAGAUGAUCAGUAUUAUUGGAUUCUUGAAGCAUUGGGACUACCAAAGCCAUACCUUUAUGAGUAUAGUCGACUGAAUCUACAAAACACUGUCAUGUCCAAACGAAAACUGACGUGGUUUGUCAAUGAGGGACUUGUAGAUGGAUGGAAUGAUCCCCGAUUACCAACCGUGAGAGGUGUACUACGAAGAGGUAUGACUGUUGAGGGUCUGAAGCAGUUCAUCAUAACACAGGGAUCAUCUCGAUCAGUAAAUAUGAUGGAAUGGGAUAAAAUAUGGGCAUAUAACAAAAAGGUUAUAGACCCAGUUGUACCACGGUACACUGCUCUUGCAAAAGACGAUCUCGUACCAAUACAUGUUCUUGGAGCCAAGGUCGAAAGCAAAGAAGUGCCAAAACACCCCAAGAAUUCUGACACUGGAAACAAAACAAUCUGGUACAGUGAUAAGGUUUACAUAGAGGGUGCUGAUGCUGCAGUUCUCAAUGAAGGAGAAAUUGUGACGUUCAUCAACUGGGGCAAUCUCAAGAUGAAGGCCAUCAAAAAGAAUGCCAGUGGACAAGUGGAAUCAAUUGAUGCUGAAUUGAAUCUUGACAACACAGACUACAAGAAAACUCAGAAGAUAACCUGGCUGGCCGAGACGGACCAGGCGAAGUUCACACCGUCUGUGUGUGUUCAUUUUGAUCACAUCAUCACCAAGCCAGUGCUGGGAAAGGAGGAAGACUUCAAGCAGUAUGUCAAUAUGGACUCGAAGAAAGAAUAUGUUAUGCUUGGAGAUCCAUGCCUGUCUUCUCUGAAGAAAGGGGAGAUAAUCCAGCUUCAGCGACGAGGUUACUACAUCUGUGACCAGCCAUAUGAGCCAGUCAGCCGGUAUACUGGAAAAGCCAGCCCAUGUAUCUUGUUCCACAUCCCAGAUGGACAUCAGAAAGAGAUGCCAACAGCUGGUUCCAAGCACAAGCCAGAUGUCAGUGUCAAAGAGAAAGCUCAGAGUAAGAAAGGCAAAGCUGCUGAGAAGUCUCCUCAAGACGAACAGCCUCCCGCUGUGAAAGAGUCAACUAACAUGGCGGAUAUCGACAACAGAAUCCGAGUUCAGGGAGACACGGUCAGAAAACUGAAGGGAGAAAAAGCUUCUAAAGGUGAUAUUGAUGCUGCUGUCAAGAUGUUGCUGUCUUUGAAAGCUGAGUUUAAGUCUGCCACUGGGAAAGACUGGAAGCCGGACGCACUGAAGACAGACAACAAACCACAGACAGACAACAAACCACAGACUGAUGUGGACGACUUGAACAACAAGAUUGUCAUGCAGGGAAACAAAGUCCGUGAUCUGAAGGCUAACAAGGCAACCAAGCCUGACAUUGAUGCCGCUGUUAAAGAACUGUUGUCUCUGAAAGCUGACUACAAAUCGGCCACUGGCAAAGACUGGAAGCCUGGAAGCACGCCUUCAAAAGAAGCGAGUCCAUCGCAGGUUAAUGUGAAUGACUUGAACAACAAAAUUGUCACACAGGGAAAUACAGUUCGAGACCUGAAGUCAAAGAAAGCAGAGAAGAAUAUAAUUGAUGCAGAAGUGAAGACCCUACUAUCACUAAAAGCGCAGUACAAAAGUGCGACUGGCAAGGACUGGAAACCUUCAUCAGAGACUGCAGCUAAGCCAGCGGAGGCUGGAGCAAAGUCGACAGACAAGAUGUCAACAGCAACCAGCAGCACUGACACAGAUGAGGCGAAAAGCCUCAAGAUUCAAAUCGAUAAGCAGGGAGACAAAGUCCGAAAUCUCAAGACUUCCGGUGCAGCAAAGGCUGACGUUGACAAAGCGGUUCAGGUUCUUCUUGACCUGAAAGCCAAAUAUAAGGACCUCACUGGACAAGACGUGGCUGGUGCUCCUAGAAAAGACAAGAAAGAGAAGAAGGCAGAAAAGAAAGCCGAUAAGGGAGGUAAUAAAGCCGAUAAGGGAGGUAAUAAAACGGAGAAGAAGCAGGACAAGGCCGAAGCGCAAGAUGGAGCAGCAGGACCCAAGAAAAUAACUCGACUUGGGUUGGAGACCAAGAAAGAUGAGGUACUCUCUGACUGGUACACCCAGGUGAUCACGAAGGCCGAGCUGGUGGAGUACUAUGAUGUUAGCGGCUGCUACAUCCUACGGCCAUGGUCCUACGCCAUCUGGGAAGUCAUACAGAGAUUCUUCGAUACAGAGAUCAAGAAACUCGGUGUGGAAAAUUGUUACUUCCCAAUGUUUGUAUCACAAGCUGCUUUGGAGAAGGAAAAAUCACAUAUAGCUGACUUUGCCCCAGAAGUUGCCUGGGUUACGAGAUCAGGACAGUCCGAUUUGGCAGAGCCUAUAGCUAUUCGUCCAACAAGUGAAACUGUAAUGUAUCCAUCAUAUGCAAAGUGGAUCAAAUCUCACCGAGACCUGCCGCUAAAACUUAACCAGUGGUGUAAUAUUGUUAGGUGGGAGUUCAAGCAUCCACAGCCAUUUCUGCGAACCCGAGAAUUUCUCUGGCAAGAGGGGCACACCGCAUUCUCCAACCCAGAAGAGGCAAAAGAAGAGGUGUACUCCAUUUUGACUCUCUAUGCAAGAGUCUAUGAAGAACUGCUAGCUAUCCCAGUGGUGCGAGGUAGGAAAACGGAAAAAGAAAAGUUUGCUGGCGGCGACUUUACAACGACAGUGGAGGCAUACAUCUCAGCAAGUGGCAGGGCUAUUCAGGGAGCCACGUCUCACCACUUGGGCCAGAACUUCUCGAAAAUGUUUGACAUUAUGUACGAAGAUCCUGAAACACGUGAAAAGCAGUUUGUCUAUCAGAACUCGUGGGGAAUAACCACACGGACUAUUGGAGUAAUGACGAUGGUGCACGGAGACGACACCGGGCUGGUGCUGCCACCACGAGUCGCAUCUAUUCAGAUUGUAAUUGUGCCAUGUGGCAUCACGGCAAACUUACCGAAGGCAGAUGAAAAUAAUCUUAUGUCAAAAUGUGAAGAGCUGGCAUCCUCACUUAAAGCAGGCAACAUCAGGACGAAGGCCGAUCUGAGGGACAACUACUCGCCAGGCUGGAAGUUCAACCACUGGGAGCUCAAGGGAGUUCCAAUCCGUGUAGAACUUGGUCCGCGGGAUAUCAAACAGAACCAGCUGGUUGCUGUGAGACGCGAUACGGGAGAGAAACUGACGCUGAAGAACGAGAAUGUGGCACAACAGCUGAACGACCUGCUAGAGAAAAUACAAACAGAUCUCUUCAACAAAGCAAAAUCUGAUCUGGAUUCCCACCUCACAGUGUGCCAUGACUGGACGACGUUCUGCAACAUGCUGGAUCAGAAGAAACUCAUACAGGCUCCAUUCUGUGGGGAGAUUCCCUGUGAGGACAACAUCAAGAAAGACAGUGCAAGGGAUGUGGUGGUGGAGGAGGGAGCUCCAGCGAUGGGGGCCAAGGGUCUAUGUAUUCCCUUCCAGCAGCCGGAGGAGCUGAAAGCAGGCACCAAGUGUAUUCACCCAGACUGCAAGAACACCGCCAAGUUCUUCACUCUGUUUGGCAGGAGUUACUAACAACCAUAAUCAAACCAUACACACACUGAAUUGUUCAUCCAAUGGCAGGAGUUAAUAAGAGCAGGGCCCGUGCUUAUAAAACUUUUAUUAGAGUCCAGACUCCAUCUCUAAUGACGUCAUACACAUACAGUUUGAAUGGCGUUGUCAUGACAUUAGUGUCUCAGACUCUAUUAGAGUCUCAAGAGUCUCGAGUCUAAGACCCUAAAACAUUUAUUUAAGUGCCAGAGUAGCAGUUGUGUGUUCAAAUUUGCAAGUGACUGAUGAGAAUUUUGCAAUUCAAAGAUCGAAACUACUGAAAUAGAGGGUAUGAUAAAAUUCUGCUCAUAUUGUGGGUGUUGUUAGGAAACAAAUACAUUAAUAUUAACUAAA